AUGCCAACCACUACCACCGUCUCACCGUCAACCACUGUUCAAGUACACCCCUUGGUGCUCUUGUCAGCUACCGAUCACUACAAUCGUGUUGCCAAGGAUACAAAGAAACGCGUUGUCGGCGUCUUGCUCGGUCAGAACAAGGGCAAGACUGUAAACGUCUCCAACAGCUUUGCAGUUCCCUUUGAAGAAGAUGAAAAGGAUCCCUCUGUAUGGUUUCUCGAUCACAACUACAUUGAAGGCAUGAACAACAUGUUUAAGAAGGUCAACGCCAAAGAAAAGAUGAUCGGUUGGUAUCAUAGUGGACCCAAGUUACGCCCAUCCGACCUCGAGAUCAAUGAGUUAUUCAAGCGGUACACACCCAAUCCGGUUCUUGUCAUUGUGGAUGUCAAGCCCAAGGAUGUUGAAAUACCCACGGAUGCUUAUUUUGCCAUUGAAGAAAUCAAGGAGGAUGGCACAGCAACCACCAAGACAUUUAUGCACGUUCCUUCCGAGAUUGUUGCAGAAGAAGCCGAGGAGAUUGGUGUGGAGCAUUUGCUAAGAGAUAUCAAGGAUAAUGCUGUGGGAACAUUGUCUACCCGCAUCAGUGGCCAAUUGGGAUCGUUGGCAGGUCUUCAAGGUCGAUUGGAAGAGAUUAGGGAUUAUCUUCAAAAGGUCGUCGCUGGCAAACUCCCCGUCAAUCAUCAGAUCAUUUACAACCUUCAAGACAUUUUCAACCUGUUGCCAAAUCUCGAGGUCCAGGAAAUGGUCAACGCUUUCAGCACCAAGACAAACGAUCAAUUGCUUAUGAUCUAUCUUUCCAGCUUGAUUCGUUCAGUGAUUGCACUCCACAACCUCAUCAACAACAAGAUUGAUAAUCUCAAGGGCGAAGAGGGAACCUUGUUAGCACCAUCAUCAGCCAAUGCCGCUGCAGCUGACAAGGAAAAGGAAAAGAAUGCCGCAACAACCAAUGAGCAGGAUAAGGAAAAGAAGAAUGAAGGUGAAAAGUAG